AAAUAAGGAUCGCUCUGUCAAAUUUAGCAUGCUUCCGGUUCUUUUUUAAAUGAAGCUAAAAAGGUGCCUUUUCAAACAAAACUGAAAAAUAACACUACAUUACAUCAUAAUAAAUAAAUCAAUAGACCAUUUGAAGUUCCUGAAUCGAUUUACGGAGUUUUCAGUGUAAAUCUAGCCGAGAAAUGGAGCAAAAUGAUGCAGCAAGUGGAAUUCCAGAAAUUUCUCCAACCGAAGGAAUGGUUGACAUUUCUAAAGCUCAAGACGGCGGUUUGUAUAAACAAAUUCUAGUAGAAGGUGCUGGAGGCAGGCGACCUGGCACUGGGAAUAAGGUAGAGGUGCAUUAUGUUGGAAGACUGCUCUCUGGCGACAAGUUUGACUCCAGUCGUGAUCGCAAUGAUCCCUUUGUCUUCACCCUCGGGAAAGGGCAGGUGAUCAAGGGCUGGGAUGAGGGCGUAGCCACCAUGGCGAUAGGGGAGAUAGCCAUCCUUACAUGCAGAUCUGACUAUGCAUAUGGGGCAAGUGGAAGCCCACCAACAAUACCUCCAAAUUCAAUCCUUAAAUUUGAAGUAGAGCUCAUAUCAUUCAAAGGAGAUGAUGUCACAGAUAAAAAAGAUGGCGGUGUAAUGAAGUCUACCUUAAGAGAUGCACCAAACAGAGAGGAUGAUGACACACCACGUAUGGGAGCUCAGGUCAAAGUAAAGAUAAUAGGAUAUUACAAUGACCAGGCAUUUGACACAAGAGAACUAUCAUUCAUUCUUGGGGAAGGGAGCCAACAUAACAUUCCAUGGGGCGUAGACCUAGCUAUAAGCAGUAUGAAAGUGGAUGAAAGGUGCAGAGUCGUCAUAAAGCCAGAGUAUGGUUUCAGGGAAGCUGGCAAUCCAGAGUUCAAGAUUCCAGCAAAUGCAGAGUUAGAUUAUGAAAUAGAACUCAUAAGUAUGGAGAAUGCCAAAGAAAACUGGGAGAUGUCAACAGAAGAAAAAGUACAACAGGCAAUCAUUGUUAAAGAAAAGGGGACAGGUUUUUUGAAAAAGGGUAGCUUAGAAGCAGCAUACAGCCAUUACCUACGUGUCAUAAAAUAUCUUGAGGAUGAGAGCCUAGAAGGUGUCACAGGGGAUAAGCUUGCAGACUACAAUAAGACACUGCUGGCUGGCUACCUGAACUGUGCACAUUGUGAACUGAAGUUCAGUGACCACCCUGCUGUGCUGGAACAUUGUAAUAAAGCACUUGACAUUGAUAAAGACAAUGAAAAGGCUCAUUUCAGGCGGGGAGAGGCUUACUUUGCAUUGCAAGACUAUGAAAUUGCAAAGAAAGAUUACGAUGCAGCUCUCCGCGCUAACCCUAGCAAUAAACAAGCAAUUAGAAAAGCUGCUCAAUGCCAGCAACAUAUCACAAAGGAGAAGAAUCGACAGAAAAGUUUAUAUGGAGGAAUGUUUGAAAAGUUUGCCAAGAAGGAGGAACAGGCAGAAGCUGUGAAAAAAGCUGUAGUUGAUGAGAAACCUGAUGUGAAUGAAGCGGAAACUGCUAUAAAUGAUGAGGCUGUUACAACAUCUGAGUGAAAUGACAGACAUUUUCAAUUAGUGGAAUGAAUGUUGGGAGAACCGUGGCAUCAAGUAGAACAAUGAGACAUUGUAGGGGUGGACAGGUGAAGGAUUGAAGUGUUACUUACUUUUGAUUCUUCUAUGGCAGAAUAGAAAAUACAGUGCUUGUUGCAGUGCACCGUGACAUCAAUGAUAUAUUCGUUUGAUACUUAGAAUAAAAUGAAUGUGAAAUGACAAAU